AGCAGCCCAAAGCAGCAGCACCACCAGCACGGCUACAAACACCACCUGCUUCAGUUCGUCUUCGCUGACAAGCAAAAACACGUUAAGAGUGGAGGAAUAUGGUGACAAAGCGGAUAAGAUCGGAAUAUAUGAAGAAAUUCAAGGAUCCGAAAUGGGAAACGUAUGCAAAAUGUUAUGAGGACCUGGUGAAGUACAGGCUAUCCAGGCGACUCCUGGAGCAAGCUCAUAACCCUUGGUUUUGGGGGGAAUGGGGAAGUGACACUGAGUCUAGUGGUAAAUCUACACCUUUGAGCAAAAGUAAAGUUGAGCCACUGCAGUUGAAGGAGGAAACUUCACCAGCACCUCGAUCUGCGAAGGAAACACAAGAGGCAGCUGCUCCUGACCAGCCUGAACCAGUGCACGACAGAGAGAUCAUACAGUCCCCUAUUAUAGAACACGUCACAGGAGAUAUUGAAGUUCAGGAGAAGGAGGAAGAGAAAAGCAGAGAAGCUUCACCUGUCACCUCUGUGUUCCAACCAGAGUCAGAUACCUGGGCCCAGGGCAAGACCAAGAGCAAACCCCGCCAGUCACACAAGCCAAGCAAGUCUAAAACCAAGCCUCAAAUAACCAAAGACAUGGGAACAACCAAAGACACCGACAAAGAAAUCAGGCACCCUUUUGCUAUGUAUGGAUCAGGAGAGAGACAGGCAGAGGUGGCCUCCAAAAAAACUCAUAAUGUGGGUCCUGCUGCUUCAACGAAGGAGAUCUAUGAGUCAGCACUACGAGCAAAAAACAGACGAGAGGUGGAGAAGCAUAUGAAAAGAGAUGACAAACGGAGGGCAAAGUCUGCUGACUUGGAGAAGAUGAGCAAAAGCAAAAUCAUCCCAGACUACAAUCCCUGGCUGACGGAGUACAUGCGCUGCUUCUCUGCUAGGUCACAGUAAAAUCAAACACACAUUACUAUAUGAAAAGAAAAUCAACUGAAAUGACUGACUUGGCAAACCUCAGGCUUCCAGCAACAUUCCAUAUGGACACUAGUGGAAAAUGUAUGACCACCUCAGCCAUCUUCCUAAGUGGCUUAAUGAAUCUAGACUGUAAAUGUUUUUGUGUUUUCUAAGAAUUGCGUAUGGUUUAAAUUUGCACUGGUAAAUUAUAUAUUGUUUUGUUCUUUGUCUAUUGAGGUUGUUCAUAAGUUUACACUUAUCCAUUCAUUCCAUGUGAUCCACAGGGUACUGCUAAUCUGAAUUGGGUCGAGUUGCCAUAAGUUCAUUGAUCUAAUGUUUGCUUGUCUUUAUCAACAGUGUCUGUUAUUUUAUGUGAAGAUGUAUUGCAUAGUAUUGUUUUUCAACAAAAGGUGCACAGUGUUUGUUUCAGGGGUGGUUAAUUUGCAGGCCAAAUUACAGUUUAAAGUUUUAAUACAGCUGAUUUAGCUCAACUGAAUAUCAAACCCAGAAGCUUUGGUCUGUGACAAAUGCGUCAUAGAGGGCGAUUUUUUUUUAUUUUUUUUUAGAAUAUAAACUUUAAAUGGCCUGAAUUCUAUUCACCAGGUUAUGCAAUGCAGUUAUGUCCUGCACAUGAGGUUUUUUUUUUAAUCUUUUGUGUAGAGGACUGUAUUGUUCCUGUUCUGAACAUCCUGCCAAACAGUGCAUUGUAUCAGUAGAUUGUCAUUUUUACUGUUUUGGCCUCUCUGGCUUCAGCCAUUGGAGGUUUUUCUUGCAGCCUAGUGAGCUGUUUCAGUGCUUAUCACCCGAACCUAACUUGAAACCGAAGCUCAGAAGCCAACAAGCCUGUGAGAACUAUGAUCUUUUUACAUGUUUACCCAUGUAAGCUUGAUGCUGCUUACAGUUUAAAAUAUGUCAUGACAGCUGACACCCACUAAAAUAUUUAGCCAAGCUUGUCACCUUGAAUCCUGUCAGUAUACACCUGUCAGUAAAAUAUUAGAUGUUGCUUUCAAAUCUGGCCAAAGAAUGGCAACUCUGAUGAAAUAUUUAAGGUAGCUCAAAGAACAUGACUAUGAAACUUGAAAAGCUCAUUUAACAAUGUGGUUCUAUAGGUUUCUAGGUAAACAAUCAGGUUCAAAAGUGAUCUAGUUGUAAGCAAAGUUUUGAAUAAACCAGACAAAUGACAUUUUGGGAACUCCUAUAGAGAGAACACACUUACAUGUGACAUUUAAUGCAUUUAUUUAUUAAUAUUUAUUUGCUGAGUUUAAUAUAAUGGAAGAAAAACAUACCAUAUCUGUUACACAGACCACAUUUUAUGUUUUGUUUUGUCAAUAUCUUAAAUUCAGCAAGUAAUCAGUAACUGUACAUUAAAAUGUGCAGAAGUGUUUUCUUUGUGGUGGAUGUGUUAACUCAUUUUUACUGAGAAAAUCAACAAAAUGUAAUUUGACCUGCGGCGCCAAAACUUUCGCAUACAAAUGUAAAUGCUAAACUGAAAGUCAAAAUGUCAAAUAAUUGUACUCUGUCCUAGAUGACAGUUUAUAUACUGCAUAUAUUUUUUGUAUAGUAGUAAUUUUCUAUGGUGAUGAUGAUAAUGAAGCCAUAAUAUUGCUCCUGAGCCACUGAAGUACAAGGAUGAUGUAUACCUCGCUGUCUGUGUAAAGAGUUAAGAAAGCUGGUUAGAAGGGUGUUUACAAAAGACUUGAGUGCUUGGAUGGUUGCCUAUAUUUGAGAUUUGCGAGUUAGUAUUUGUGAAUGUGUAACAGUAACAGCAGACUAGCGUUAAUUGGAUCCUGCAUUACUACUGCAGACCGAUGUGGUGAUGUAGUCUUCUUAAACUCUUUUCUUUCACAGAGAAAAUUUCUAGAUCUUUCCAGAGUAUUUUAGCACAACAGCUAUUUUAAAUGGUGAUUUUUAAAGGGUGUGACUAAUAGUUGUGAAGAUAAAAAAAAUUUAUCUGUUGUUUUUACUCAGUGUACUUGGAUUAAUUUAUUGCUUCUAGGCCUCAGGCAUCUGUUAUGUACAUGCAAUUAAAAUGUGCUUAUUUAAUGUAUUAAUAAAACUUUUUAUAGU